AUGGGCAGGGUAGAGAAUGAAGAGAGAGACUCAGUGGGAUCUGGUGACCACUUGGCCAUCAGAGCAACUCCAGCCCACGCUGCCUUUGGCUCUGCUUUCCAAUAUGGCUACAACGUUGCCAUGGUCAACACACCACAUAAGGUCUCGAAGUCAUUUUAUAAUGAAACCUACUUCGAGCGGCACGGGACAUUCAUGGACGAGAAUGUCAUGCUGCUCCUGUGGUCUUGCACUGUGUCCAUGUUUCCGCUGGGCGGCUUGUUGGGGUCACUGGUCAUUGGCCUGCUGGUUGUUAAGUGCGGCAGGAAGGGGACCCUCUUAAUCAACAACUUCUUCACCAUCGUCCCCGCCAUCCUCAUGGGAGUCAGCAAAGUGGCCAAGGCUUUUGAGCUGAUCAUCUUUUCUCAAGUGAUGCUGGGCAUCUGUGCAGGCAUAGCCUACGGUGCUCUUCCCAUGUGCCUGGGAGAACUGGGUCCCAAGAACCUGAGGGGUGCCUUGGGGACAAUGAACGAGGUCUUUAUCAUCAUUGGAAUUAUCCUAGCUCAGCUCUUCAGCCUGCAGGCCAUCCUGGGGAAUCCCGCAGGCUGGCCUGUGCUCUUGGCCAUCAUAGGGAUCCCCGCGCUGCUUCAACUCCUGUCCCUGCCCCUCCCCCACCCCGAAAGCCCUUGCUACACCUGAUUGAGAACGGAGAGACGAGGGAACGAGGGAACAGCGAGACGAGCUCUAAGGACACUGUGCAGCUGGGCCGAGGUGGAGGAUGAGAUAGAGGAAAUGUGUCUGGAGGACCAGGCCGAGAAGGCCGAGGGCCGCCUGUCUGUGCUCAACCUCUUCACGUUCCGGUCACUGAGGUGGCAGCUCAUCACCAUCGUUGUGCUGAUGGCCGGCCAGCAGUUCUCUGGGGUCAACACGAUCAACUACUACACAGACAUGAUCUAUGUCUCGGCGGGUGUGGAGGCUGAGUACUCCCAGUAUAUCACAGUGGGGGCCGGUGUGGCCAACAUAGUGAUAACCAUCAUCUCGGAGCCCCACAGAGUCAUCUUAGAUGUGGUGGCAACGCUGGCCCUGGAGUGGCCAGAGGGACAUGCACUUCCGGAUGCAUGUGGACUUCCUAGCUGUCCUGUCCCAUCCAUGGCGAGGACUGAGAUCUUCCUGCAGUCAUCCGGGCCAGCUGCAUUCACGGUGGACGGGGCUGUGCACUGGCUCACCAACUUCAUCAUCGGCUUUGUGUUCCCUUCUAUCCAGGAGGUCAUUGGUGCCUACAGUUUCAUCAUUUUUGCUGUAAUCUGUCUCCUCACUGCUGUUUACAUCCACGUGGUUAUUCCUGAGACCAAGGGCAUAACAUUUGUGGAGAUAAACCAGAUUUUUGCCAAGAGAAAUGGGGUGGAGAUUCCAGAGAAGAAAGAGGAAAUAAUAGAGUUUGGGCCUCACGUGCCCUCUACACCUGCCAAACAGACUGCCUUUUAA